AUGGCGUUCUCUACCGAAAACGUUGUUCGUGCCAACUUUGGAAGAAACCCUCCGCCUCCUCCUCCCACUCCCAGCCCCUGGCCCAGGGACCCCACUAAUGGAAAGUAA